GGAACAACGCCCUUUCCUCGCCCCUUCCCCGCCGCUCCCCCCGUCGGUGGUCGGCGGCGCCCCGUGGCGGGGAGGUGGCGCGGCUGGAGGGUCCGCGCAUGCGUUUUGAGGGCUGCAUCGUGAAAUGGCCCAGGACACUACAGUGCCUAAAUUGAAUUUCAAAUUUUGGUUGGAUAAAGCUAUUGAGUGGGGUCAGGCCAACACUUUGGAAUCCCAGAAAGAUGUCUGUCUUCAUUUGCCCCAGUUGCAGGAGUUUCUGCUUCAGACUUACGAAACUCUCAAACAAAUGAAUUCAAUUGUAGCAAUUCAGCAGUUCCCUUUAAUUGGCCAGUUACUAGGAAGGCUUUGUUGGAAUCCUUUUGUUAUAGGAUAUGGUGAAAGCCAGAAGACUCUGAUGUGGUGCUUAUGUUGUCUGUACAGCAGUGAACCACAGAGCCCUGUAGAAUUGAAGGCCAACAGCUGGAUACGAAACUUACUGUGCCAUCUCCUUUCUUCUUCUAAAUGGGAAAAAACCGAGGCUGAAACCAGUACGUUCAUAUCAGCUCUUGGCUACACAUCAGCAGAUUAUUAUUGUCACUUGGUUGAAAAUAUCGUCUCUUCAUUAGUAACGGAACUCAGAGGAAAUCAAUUUAGUGAACUUAACAUUCAGGGGAGAAUUUCAGUCAGUCGUGUGAAUGCUGUGUCCCUUUUCUGUCUCCCACUUAUUACUUUGCCUGAUUUAACUCCAUUGCUGGAAACUCUUCUUGUUUACCAUGGGGGAGCAUCGAAAGAAAUUCUCAGCUCAGAGUUCUUGGAGGCUGUGAAUGAUGCCUUUUUAAAGAAGAAGAUCUCCCUUUCCGAAUCAGCUCUCUUCAGCCUCUGGCAUCGUCACUUACCAAGCCUUGAAAAUGCUACAUUAAGUCUUUUUGACCAGCUGAUAUCCCUUCAGAUAAAUUCUUUGGAAAAAGUGGCUUGUGUCAUAAAAGAUUCACGUCUGACACAAGCUGCAAGCCACCCUGCCAUUUUUAGAAUUGUUAACGAAAUCUUCAAGAAUGUGCUGUUGGAAACUGAUGGAGCUCCUGAAGUUAUGACCAUAAUACAAGUAUUUAUACAGCUCUUCAUUCAGGUUCAGCAGAAUGAAAACAAGCAGCAUAAAUUUCCUCUGAAGGCCUACUUCCCUCACCAUCACCAGCCUCUUGUAAUAGCUUUACUAAGACGCCCUUUUGAAUUGCCAUCUACACACUGGCUGCAGCAUUUGAAACAUAUUUCAGAUAUGCUCAAGUCUAUAGUAGAAGAUACAAACAUUAGCUCUUUUGCUGACCUUUAUGAAAUCUGGUUUUUGGUUGCUUGUUUUGGAGAAUGGCUGGAUAUUGCAGCAGAACAAUUAAUGAAAGCAGCUGUAGCCCCAGAUGCUUUGCUGUGGCUGUUGUCUUUCUACUACUGUCCUGAGAAUGAAGACCAACAAAGGACUCAAACAAUGGUAGAAUCUCGAGCAGUCUACAGUCAUCUAAUGGUGUUCUACAACCGUACUGUCCUUUCAUUUGGAGAGCUGCAGGCUUCUGUAAACAGUAUAGCAGAUACAGAACAGUAUCAUACCCAGUGUCUAAUAACACAUCUUCUCACCAACUUUUUACUCUUUUCUUCUGGAGGACACAUGAUUGCACAGGAAUUUAUUUCCCAUAUUACUGAGACAACUGACAUGUGCAAGGAAGUUAGUAGCCUUCUUAUCCGUACUGCAUACAGAAUUAAACCUAAUGGAGGAGAAAACCAAAGGACUGUGAAGCUGUUGAAUGAACUUCUUCAGAAACUAGCAUUGGAAGUCUAGGUUCCAGUCAAUAAGUUAGAUCUUUAUGUGUCUGCCUUUCAUGAAAGUCCUGCACUGCAGGUUAGCAAGGGUAGAUAAAAAAUCUCGUUCCUGAGGAUAUUCCAUAACCUUUUCUUCCCCUGCACUGUUUAGAAAUGUAAACUGUGAGGACAAAAAGAAUUAAAGAUGGUUGAAAACUUUGUUCUGAGCUCCUUCUUUUACAAAAAACCUAUGUCAUUUAAAUCAGUUUACUCAUGUUCUUGUUUAUCUGGCUGCCGAUUAGUUUUUUUUCCCAAAUUACUCGUGGCUUUAUGAGCAAUUUUAUCCAAUUGUUUGGUUGGUAAGUUGUUUCUAAAAUGUAUUGUUCUAUAAUUCUGCUUUUGUGUGGCUAAUGAUGAUCUCAAGCGAGAGUUAAUGAUUCAUGAUGAGUGCACUCCAUGUUCUCAGGAAAUCAACAGUGUUUCCUGAACUUGUUAAUUCUUUUUGAAAACAUUUCCAAAACAAAGCUCCUUUCAUGUUUGUUAUAUGAUUAUUUAACACUGCUGUAGCUUUCACAGGACAAUGUUCUCUGCAAUGUACAAUGCCAAUAGCUGGUCUCCAUCAGCAACUGCAGCAAAGAAGUUUCUGUCAGCCUAUUUUUCACAAAGCAAUCUUUUUUUUCAUGCAGACAAAAUAGGGCAAGUUAUAGUUAUCAGGAAACUCCUAUUUGAGCCCCAAAUUUCCUAAAAAGAGAGGGUUGUGGUUGCUAGUCAUCUCCUUCUUUUCUGCCUCCAGAGAUAUGGUUUCUUUGCUUACUUCUUUCUUUGUCUGAUGGAGCAUGGACAAGGAGCAGUGCCUUCUUGUUUUAUCCAAGAAGUUUUGUUCACUUGUUUCUAGCUUAAUUAAAUAAAAUAAGCAUGAAGAACCGGCAGAAGUGAUUGCUGAACUGUUCUUUGUCAUCUUUGCAAUUGCAGACCAGUCAGACUCACCUCUGUCCUGGAAAGGUUCUGGAGCAACUUGUUCUGGAUGCCAUCUCCAAGCAGUUGGAAAAAAAAGAAUGUUAUCAGAAGUAGUCAACAUAUAUUCACCAAGGGGAAUUUAUGCUCAACCACUUUGGUAGCCUUCUAUGAUGUCAUCACAGUUUUGUUAAAUGAGGGGAGAUGCAUCCUUUGUCUCAGCGAGUCUUUUGACAAAAUUUCCCACAACAUCCUUGUAAAGAUGAGUAGGAAAUGUGGGAUAGAUGAGUGGGACAAUGAGGUGGAUUGAGAACCGGUUGACUCAUACAAUUCAAGGGGUCACGACCAAUGGUGGAAUCUGGUUGGAGGCCUGUUACUAGUUGUGUUCACCAGGGGUCAAUGCUGGGUCCAGUCAUCUUCAACAUCUUCAUCAGCUACCUGAAUGAAGGGAUAAAGUUCACCCUCAGCAAGUUUGCUAAUGUUUCAAAGCUGGGAGGAGUGGCUGACAGACCAAAAGGCAGUGCUGCCAUUCAGCAAGACCUGAACAGUCUGGAGAGUUGGGCAGAGAGCAACUUGAUAGAUUUCAGCAAGAGAAGUGUAGAGCAUUGCAUCUGGGGAGGAAUAACUGUAUGCAGCAGUACAUUCUAGGUAGGGGCUGACCUCUUGUAGAGGAGCUCUGCAAAGAAAGACCUGAAUGUUCUGGUGGACAACAGGUUGACCAUGAAUCAGCAGUGUAAUCUUGUGGCCAAGAAAGCCAGUGAGAUUCUGAGUUGCAUUAAAAAGAGCAAGGCUAGCAGGUCAAGAAGUGAUCCUCCCCCUCUAUUCUUCCCUGGUGAGGCCACAUCUAGAGUACUGGGUGCAGUUCUGGGCUCCCCGGUUCAAAGAGAACUGCUGGAGAGAGUCCUGCAGAGGGUCACAAAGAUGAUGAGGGGCCCAGAGCAUCUCCUUUACAAGGAAAGGCAGAGAGAGCUGGAGCUGUUCUGCCUGGAGAAGAAAAGAGAGGGAUGGUCUCAUCAAUGCUUAUAAAUAUGUUUAUAAAUAUCUAAAGGGCAGGAGUCAAGUAGAGGGAGUCCAGGCUCUUUUCAGUGGCAUGCAGCAAUAGAACAAGGGGCAACAAGCAGAAACUGGAAUACAGUAAGUUUGAGGCAAACAUGAGGAGGAACUUCUUUAUUGUGAGUGACAGAGCGUUGGAACAGGUUGCUCAGAGAGGUUGUGCAGUCUCCUUCUCUGGAAGUAUUGAAGACCCACCUGGACAUUUUCCUGUGCAAACUACUGUAAGGAUCCUGCUUGAGCAGAGGGUUGGGCUAGAUGAUCUCCAGAGGUCCCUUCCAACCACUGUGACUUUGUGAUUCCUUGCAUUAAACUGAAUGGUUUGUUGAACUUGAGUUUUUGGUGUAGUGGAGACAUCUAAAGUGUUCUGUGUAGGAUGAAAACACCCUAAAAUUUGUCUCCAAAGGAAGUAUUCCAUCAUUUAAUGUGAGAUUCCUUAAAUUUUCUUCAGAUUAAAACUGUAGGUAAUUUUACUUAGAAGGAUUAGCAAAGAGUUGCAAUGCAUGAUUCUUGCAGAUUUGUUAAUUUAAUGCUAUGGGUAUUAAGUUGCGGGAGGUGAAUUUUUAACCAUCCUUUCACAGUGCAUUUUUUUUUAACCACUAACCAAAUGCAUGGAAACUCCUGUAACUUUCUUAAACAAAAUGAAUAUCGUAUUAAAUAGUGUGAGAUCUAUUCUAGAUCUAUUCUAGAGAUGAAAUGUAUAGUAAUAGCAGAAAGAACAAAAUGAGCUGUGAAAAGGUAUAUUCUAGUUUUCCUGUGUUUAUCUUAUUAAGAAGUACUGAAUAAUUUAAAUAUUAUAAGGAGCGUUUGCUGGUUUGUGGAGACUUUAAAGAAAAGCCAUCAAUUGAAGCUAUCUGUAACUUUAAAAAGGAACAUCAGUACUGGCAUUCUUUUUGCUUGAUUUAGUAUACUUCUAAAUCUUUAGUGUUUCUUUUUCCUUGCUCUUUCACAGUGCCUGAAUUAUGAUCUAACAUUGAUAUAAACCAUUAUUUCGUGGGAUGUCUAAUCUGCUUUUGUUAGUGUGCCAGUGGUAGGCAACAGAGUGCUUUUGGUAGAUCUGAGUAAUGGAAGAUUUCUCCUAUGGUGUCUUCUGCAUCAUCUGCCUAAUGAAUAUCACCUCCUCUGCAGUCUGCUUUCUUAAAAAGUCCUUUGGAGCCUUCAGGGCUGUACUUACCUGCAGAACCAGCCAGAAAGUCCUGAAAUUGGGACUACAGGUUGAUUGUUCCCUUCCUUCCAAUCUCCAUGUCACCGCACACUCAUUCUGGAUAUUACACUGCAUAGAGAGCUUUUUAAAAUGUUAUGCUUUAAGGAGUUGCUUUGACUCCUGGUAAAUUUAGCAUAUUUGUUGAUGAUAUUUCAUUCCAGCCCAAGUCUGUCAUGUUACAGCCCUUUGUGUUCUGCAUGCUGUCCAGCCAGGGAAAGAGCUGGUUGGCAUCUGUAGGUUCUCUUCAAAAAAAGAUCGUGCUGUGGCUUCUCUUCAUUUAGGAUCUCAGUGUUGUGCAUGUACAAAGCAGAAUGUGCUCUGUUUUGCGAGGUGUGCUGGGAACAGGUGUGUUACCAGCUAAUGCAGUUUAGAUGACCACCAGUAAAAUAUUAAUCUGUUGCUUCUGGGAUUUGUCAUCUACUUUCCAUAGUGGCAUUGUAAAUGGGCAGGAAAGUGUUCUGGAGAGUCAGAUUGAAGACACAAGCGAAAGAAUAUUAUUUAUGGUAGGCUAUAGUUCAUGCUGUGGAACUGCAUGUUUGGCUUGAUUUUGGUUUGGGAUAAUACAAUCAAAAAAAUUCUUAAGUGUUAUACAAGUUACUGAUGAAAGGUCCAACAGAAAUAACGAGCAACUACUAAAGCAAACACUGAAAAUACAAGUUCGAUCCGUGUAUUUCAUGGACUAUUAAGUGACAUAAUAAAAUGCUGAUGUUGUGUGUGAAUGAAAAAUGUACUAAACAAAAUGCAGUUUUUUAUUGUGAUGUAAGAAAUAGUACAAGAAGGUGAGAAUUUCUGAACGUCAGCUGCAGCUGCCAUAGCUGAGUCUGAAAAGUCAAAACCUUUAAUAUUAAAUGAGGAGUGCUGCACCUGACACGAGCAUGUUUUCAUUCCAUGUCUUCAUAUUUUCCAUAUAGUCUUCAAUGGCUAUGUUAAGCUAUCAUCGUAUGCUGUUGGGAUACACAAGUUACAUCACUGCAGCCAAACAAGUUGGUGCCAGAUGCCUCCCUCUAGCACCUAAUUCAGUGCACUAUUCCCAUACGGAUCUGUUUAAGUCCACCUACCUCUCUGGUACUUUCUUCUUCCUCAUGAUAGAUGUUUUCCUUUAGAUACUUGUCUGGAUAUUAACACAUACGCUGACGGUAGCCAGUUCUGCUGCUGCUGCCUUAGCAGCGGGCAGCUUAUGUGUUGUUGAGUGGUCUGUUCACGGUGAGUGCCAGCAAGGGGCUUCCCUUGCUUGUGUUGGCCGCCUUACCUUUAACCUGCUGUCUGUCUGCUGGAGGAAAUAAACCUCACCAGCCCCGAAAAGUGGCUGAGUCCUUCUGAUGGCCAGGAUCCAGUAGGAGUGAAUUCAGAGUGAAUUCAGAGGGACUGAAUUGCUGUAAGACACUAGGAAAAAACAUGAGACUUUUUUUCUCAGAUUUUUUUCUCAGAUAAACUGCAGAAGAGUUCGAGUUAUGUUGUAAGUAAG